AUGCCACUUCAACAAUGUUGGGUCGAUCGUAUCAAUGAUAAAGAAUGGUCUUCUGGAUCAUGUUCAGAUACUUCUUUAUACUUAUCAACUGGAGAUUUAUCUAUGCGUCUGUACGAAUAUAGACUUCGGCCAAUCAUUGAAUUUGUAAAAGAAUGGCAAUUAUUCGGUUUGAAUUCAAAACGCGAAGGUAUUCUUAAUUUUACAUGUGCGAAUGGAAAAAUUGCUCUCGUUAUCUCAAAUAUUCAUGCAUUUCAAAGACUUAUUGAACUACGCCUGUCGACGACAUUCGAACGACUAUGGUCUGCUCCACUCGAUGCAGUUGCUCAUUGUUGUUCGUUCAAUUAUGAUGAAUGGAUUGUAAAGGAAUUACUCGAAUUUUAUAUUUUUCUUUCGAUGGAAAAAUUCGGCAAGAAUACAAAGUCAAAACACAUUCAGCGAAUCUUAUAUAGAAUGCAAUUAAAUUGGACAGGGAUACUAUUGCCACUUUUAUCUUAG